GAUUCCAGUUACCUAAAUAGUAGCACAAACUGAUUUUGGCAACUUGAUUUGAGUAAAACCUUUUCCAAGAACUCUCUUCACAGUUAUUCUCAUGUCAAACAGAUGUUCUGAAUUACAUUCUGUCAGAUUUGAAACACUGCCCCCUACGUGCAGUAAAAUCCCAACUGUGUCUCUCUCCUUUUGGACCUGGAGUGACCCACGGUCCAUGUGACACAAAUUUUACAGACAACGACAACAGUCUCUGUCUGUAAACUUUUUGGAGCUAAAUUUAGCGCUGGGUCAAACAGAACAAGGUUGCUUAGCUAUUACAUACAAAUGAUAUAACUUUCAAAGACUUUAUAAGCCAUAGAGAACAUGAAAUGUUGAGCAAACAAUAUCAGGAGCAAGGGAUGAAUGGACCAGAAUGAAGAGACAAAAACAAGGUCUUCUCAGGGAAGGUAGGUCAGAUCACCAUCCUGGCUUCCUGUUGACCUGCACUAGGUCACCCAGAGGACCCGGUACCCAAAUGUUACAGAAAAAAACACCAAAAUCCCUGAACGUGUGUUGGUGCGUGCAUUUAUUUAUAUAUCUUCGAAUGUCCUCCUUCUUUGGGACAUAGCAGGUGCACCCCAGCUCCACCUGUCCAUCCUUUUCCACAGCCACAUGGUGGCGGACAAAUCCAGAAAGGGAUCAGCCAUUCAAGAAAUGGCAUGCAGAAGUGCCACGGGGCCACGGAAGAUCUCUGGAUACCGGAUCAGACGCAGCUGCCCCCCGGCUGCUAUUUUCACUCAGCUUAAAGUACCAUGGGCAGCCAGCAUCUACGCCAUGGACUACCCAUAACUACCAGUCUGUCUCUGCACACCAUGAAGUCCACCACAGGGGAGCAUGAGCAUCCUGCACACGAUAGCCAGAGCUUGCCCUCCGACCCUGAUGAGCUUGACAGUGGCAGCGAAAGCUCGGAGAAAUCCACCGGCGCAGGGAGCCCCAUGCGGGGCCACAGGGAGGCGGGGAGACGCAGAGGGGGUCGUAGACUUGCAGGGGUGAGCAAACAACGUCAGGCAGCUAAUGCUCGGGAGCGAGACCGCACGCAUAGUGUCAACACUGCCUUCACGGCUCUGCGUACCCUCAUCCCUACAGAGCCAGCCGACAGGAAGUUAUCAAAAAUCGAGACUCUGCGAUUGGCAUCGAGCUACAUUUCACACUUGGCCAACGUGCUUCUUCUAGGGGAGGACUGCAUGGAUGGGCAACCAUGUCUGAAAUAUCACAACAUCUUACAAAGCAACACCAACCUCAAAACUCCACCGGUUCGACCCAUCUGCACCUUCUGCUUGAGUAACCAGAGGAAAAUGCUUAGAGAUGGGGAAAAGCACACAACUGCGUGACAGCAGAAGUUCUCCUGACUGUCCGCUGCUACGUAGGAGCUCUCAACUUCUGAAUGUUUACAUGUAAAGAGACAUUUUCUUGCACAGAGACAAAACAUUGUUUUGUUUUUGUUUGUUUUUUUCUCUGAGGACAGACAAAACAAGCAACAAGAAGAGAGACAAAUCUGCACUUUUUCUGCAAGUGUGUCCACUUUAUCUACUGUGUUUUGGUUAAUGUAACCGGAGAAUAUGUGUAAAGUUGCACCUGGUGGGAGGCUAUUUCAGUAACAGAUAUAGUAAGCUACACCAUCCCUUGCCUUAAAAAAAACAGUCUUGUGUCUGCCUCUUGCACGUCACAUGAUGGUAAUUGAAACCUUGCGGUUUGCAGUGGUCACUGUCAGUACAACGGCGGGUAAAAAUCUCAUCCCCUCCCUCUUGUCUCCACAUCUACGCCAGGACCACAAUCCCAACAUGGCUCUCAGGAGACUGUAAACAAAUUUCUAACCUCAGCAUGAUAAUUUGGGUUAGGCAAAGAAUGCUAAAUAGUGGCACAUGACUGAAUGCUAUAGUUGCAAGUAUUUCAUAGUGAGAAGAACAUAAUCUAACAUGUUCUGGUUUUUGGUCAUAAUCCCUAACACGAACCCUGGGUUAUGACCCUGACCCCAAAUGUUAUAUAGCCUACCCUAAAUCCUUGUGGUCAUGAUCUGAGAACACACUUUGGUGACAUAAUGUUGCGUAGACUGUCAAUGAGGUCACUCCAUAACAACAAAGGGCAUGCUUAUGCUCCUGAAUCAUACAACACCAAAUCAGUCUUGUAGAUUUUACUAAACUUGUGUGAAGGAAGGCCAUUUGAGCACAAGUCCAAAUUACGAGUGUCAACGUCAAGACAGAAGCUUGUUGCAUUACAUGCAACUUAAGAAAUUUCUGUGCGCACUUGAUGCAUCAAUUACGCAGUCAUUUUCCAUUACUAUAGCUACGCAAUUGUAUCUUUCAGAAGUGCAUGCACAAAGACAUAUUGAUUCAUGAUAUGUCAACAUGGCUUUUUUGUCCACUGAUUUGCAACAAAUCGAACCAAAAAUAUGUACAAGACAGUGGUCUUUUGAGAUGAGUAGAUGGAAGUUUUAUCUGGGAUUUUGAUUGGCUAUUGCUAAUUCCCACUCUCUUGCUUGACUUAAAAAACAACCAAAAAAAGCCAGUUGGAUUUCAGAAAGUGUUCCAUAAAUUGGCACGUUUCACAUUGACUAAGGUUUAGGGGAAAGGUCUUAGAGCAUGUGCUCACCUCAAGUACACCACUAAAACAUCAUCUGCUGAACCUUGUUUUGUUUACAUUAGCGGAAUUAGUAGAGAUGACAAAUUUGAGCCUAACAUUUACUGUGAUUAUAAUUUAUUUUCAGAUACUGCAUCUGCGAUGUGAAUGUUUAGAGGUAGAAUUUUUUUUUAGGCAUCAACAUGUACCAAUCAGUUAUUUAUAUCCAAAAUGUUUACCUGCAUGUCUUGCACAAAUCAAAACUUCAGCUUAUAGGCAUGUCUGAAUUUGCAGACUCUGCAGAAUGACUCUUCCUUGCAUUAAAAAGUAGUACAAUACAAAUGAAAGAAAAAAAAGUGCAACGGAGGUACCACAAUGUACUGGAAAUAUUGUAAUAUGACAAGGCUUUUUGAAAUUGUAAAUAUUUUUACCAAAUCUUUUUAACAUUAAAAAUUAAAGGUCAAAAAGCAUUAUACCAAUAAUAUAGCCUACCUUUAAAGCAUUUUGAUCACAAGCCUGUCGUAUUCUAAUACUUGAAUUGGCCACUCUUCUAAAAGUGGUCUUUUGCACAUCAAACAAGCUGCUAUUUAAUCAAGUAUU